UUCCGGCAGUUCAGGUUGGACAUAAAGUGACAGACUUCACCUCCUUAAAAUUGGAAGAAAACCCGAAGGACGACGCGUUACAAGUUACAAAACAAUUGUAAUGAUUUUCAGACAUGGACGACAUAAACCUUCAUUAUCGCUUUCGGAACUGGAGGAGACGAAUUCGAGAGAUUCGUGAGGUGCGGGCAGUGCGUUACCGGGAGCGACUCAAAAGGAUGCUGCGAGAUGGAGACAUACUCAGGUAUCAUGGGAACUCAGAUGAAGUCGGCUGUUUCGUGGCAUCCAGGCCGUUGUCGAAAAGAAAUCGCUAUUUUGAAGUGACCAUCGUCGAUACAGGAGUGAGGGGGAUGAUUGCUGUCGGUUUGGUGCCUCAGUUGUACAAACUGGACCAUCAGCCAGGCUGGCUCCCAAACUCUGUGGCUUUUCAUGCUGAUGACGGCAAGCUUUAUAAUGGAAACACUGUAGGACAGCAGUUUGGCCCAAAAUGCUGCAGAGGUGACAAAAUCGGUUGUGGAAUAUCUCUGGACUCUGAAGAUGGACAGAUAACUGUGUUUUUUACCAAAAAUGACAGUGAAGUGGGCAGUGUGGACAUCGCAGCGUCUCCUGAUGCCCUCUACCCUGCCGUGGGGAUGCACUCCUUAGGGGAAGAAGUUCUGCUGGACCUGAACGCUGAAUGGGGGGUGGAGGAGGAUGAUGGACAGAUGAUAGUCGACAGUCAUGAAGAAGACUGGGCCCGUCUCCAUGACGUCAAAGUGACUGACACGCUGCUGGAGUACGUAGGAAAAGGGAAAAGCAUCGUGGACGUGGGUUUGGCUCAGGCCCGUCGGCCUCUCAACACACGCUUCCACUACUACGAACUGGAGAUCACAGAUGCUGGAGAGAAGUGUUACAUCGCCCUGGGGCUGGCACGCAGGGACUAUCCGGAACAAAGGCAUCCAGGUUGGAGCAGAGGCUCCAUCGCUUAUCAUGCAGAUGAUGGGAAGUUGUUCCACGGCAGCGGCGUUGGGGACCCGUUUGGUCCACGUUGCUUCGAAGGGGACAUUAUGGGCUGUGGGAUCAUGUUUCCGCGUGACUUCAAUCCUAAUGAUGCAGAUGACAAGGAUGACUGGGACGCCGACAUGGGUCCUAAGCCCAGCGAGGUUCAGAACGAUUGGAUUGCAUACUAUGGAGAUGAGGAGGAGGAAGAAGAAGAGGGAGAAGAUGUAGAGGGGAGGAAGGUCACGGUGUUCUUCACCCGAAAUGGAAAGGUGGUGGGUCGAAGGGAAGUGGUUUUACCAGCAGGAGGCUUUUACCCCACCAUCGGCAUGAUGAGCACCGGGGAGAAGGUCAGAGUAGACCUGCACCCCCUCAGCGGCUGAGUCUUGUGGACGAAAUGCGAGCUGAGUGGUGAAAUCAGAGCAAGAACGAAUAAUUGAGCUGCGGUGCAUUUUGGAGAUUGGACAAUAAUACCUCAACAAGCUCAAAAAUGUUCCUCGAAGGGUCACCCCACUGUAAGGGUUGACUGUGGCUCCCUCAUGCUGUAAGAAUGACUUCACAUGCUGGCAAAAAGGUGUAUAAAGAAUGAUCAAUAUGAUCAAAAAAGUGCUUUAUAAUUAAAUCAUUUUAUACUGUAAGAAACCAAUCAGGGGUUUUUAGGGGUACAAACUGUUUUUGACAAUUCAAUCACAGUAUAAAGUUAAUAGAAUAACAAACUGCCAAAAAAAAGGUCUCACCAGAAUAAUAAUGAAUGUAAAAAUCCAGAUGGACAAGGCCCCAGCUAACAAAUGGACCUUAUUUGUUAUCAGCAAUAAUAUAUGUCAGCAAAUUCCUCGUGCCACUGUGACAGCCUGCAGCCAUUCAGCACUCAUUAGCAGAGCUCUGCUGCACUUCCUCCUACUGGUGGUGUGUUACUGACACUCAGUGGCGAGACUGAUAGUCUGUAGAGAACAUCCUCAGAAAGUCUUCCAAAGACACAGCGGCGCACUGAAUCAUCAGUGAGUUCACUCUGUGAAGCAAAGUCAGUAAAAGCAGCUGUUUUAUUGCUGUGGUUCUGUGUGAGUGCGAGUGCUUGUUCUGACAUUGAGUCAUUCCAAAGAGUUAUUACAGCUUAUUUUGUGGAAACGGUUCAAACCACAUGCAUACAGAGAAAUAGGAUAAUUAAGUGUAAUAACAAUUUGUUGAAAUUGAAUUAAAACGAUUUCAUGGCUUUUAAUUGUUUGUAUUGGAGUAAGCAGUUUUAAAAAGCCAAAUUUAAAAAUCUGGUAUGAUUGGAAACCUAACUGUUGAUGCUUUACUGUCAUGACGACACGCAGGUUAGAAUAUGCAGUCUAAAAGAUGUGACACUAAAACACUGUCAGAGGAAGGAACGUUCACUGAGGGGACAGUAUGAGUCUGUCUUUAACUUUUUUGUUUACUCUCUACAUGUUGCUUGGAGUUUUCCAGUGUGUUUUCCAGUAUGGAGGUAUUUGGUGUCCACUUGUAACUACGUAUGUGCUUUUUGUGCUUGUAUUCUACAGUUUGCCUUACAUACAAACAAACCAGGAAAAAUGACUGAUGUCUGUAUUAGAAUUCAUGAAAGAAAUGCCAAACUCAGUGGAAUCUUCUGCUGAUUUCCACAGAAAAAAAAAAAGAAGACACGUCAUAAUGAAGUCAUGAUACUGAAUGUACUUUCUGUUGAGCUUGAGGUAUUUUGGAAAUAGAUACCAAAUGUCUCAAAAGGAAAACUGAUUAUUAAACCCUGCCAGGGCAAGAAUUUAACGCUGUGUUGCAGAACAUUUCUUACCAGUUCAGCAUUUAAAUAUUUGGCUGAAGAUCUGAAUGUUGAAAACAAAGCCAUACUGAAACUACUACUUGCUCUCAGGUUUAUUUGAAAAUCACAAUUAAUUGCGUUGUCUGUUUUCUGCAGCGAGGCCAUUUUGUGAGCUUUGCUGUAUGUUGAAUUCAGCCAUUCUUUUGCCAGCUUUUUUCUUUUUUUAAAUCUUUUGCCACACUUCUAUUUCACCAUAGUCUACUCCAACUUUGAAAACUUUUGACAGGUGUCCCCUAAAAUCCUUGUGCCAACCGUUAAGUUGUGGCGAUCAGUCAAAGAUAGUUUCUUCGUGCUGCCAAAUUUUACUCUCAACCGUUUUGAGAUUUUUAGAGAUUAUGAUGCUGCUUCAGAUAUUGAAUUAUACAACACUUCUAACAUUUUGUGUUACAAGUUUUAAGUUAUUCAUAAAAACGUGGCAAUAGGCUGUUAUCGCUGGCGACAGCUGCAACAUUUAAAGGGUUAUAACUUUUAUCCCCAAAACUGUUUAUUGAUGUUUGUACCUUUUUUAUCAGCCACAUUUUCACAUCUCAAUGAUGUAGUAAGAACUACACCUUACAGAAAGAACUAGAGAGCUUGCAAACAUAUGAUCUAAUGAGCAAAGUGUUUUUGUGAGAGCUCCAGUCUGGAGUCUUUAUAAAAUAAUGCACCUGCUAAUUUCAUUCAUGUAGGAGUUGGACAUGUUUUACCUGAAUGUUGGUUGAUGCCGACUGUGGAGGAGAUCUAAGAAUGCCUCGCUGAAUCCCUGCUGGACGCCAAACUUUGCUGGAAUGUUAAUUUAAAUAAGGCUUUAUCUGUCCAUAAAGUGUCCCCAUGAUAAACAAAUAUUUAAAAAACUUCAGUUCAUUUGAUGCUCAGUUGCUGCUAUUUGUGUGUCGAGAAAAUGCUGAACAUACCGUCACAGCAGCCUGUACUACAGACGAGGUGUGUUCACGUUUGCCUUUUUAAUUUUCUGUCAUCCUCUAUGUUUUGAUCAUCAUUCUUUACAAGAGCUGCUGAUGGUCUCCUGCUGCCCUCGGAUACGCUUUCUUCUUUUUCUGUCUCCUUCUUUUUGUCUUUUGUCUUACACUUAAAGCAAUCAGACAGUCAUACCAAAAAUGUUAAUAAAAGUAUAUUUAAUUCACUGAUA